AUGGCCUACGACUAUUCUGGUCCAUGGAGCGCCACGACGGGACAUCAAGCCAAUCUGCGCUCAAGUCCCAUCAAGCCUAACUCGACAUCGUUUUCUACAGAUGUCGCCAUCGAAGACUAUAUAUCCAAAGGAUUGCCGUCUACCAAGAUUAUUCUUGGCAUGCCCCUGUACGGCAGAGCAUUUCAGCAGACUGGUGGGCUCAGCCAGACCUACUAUGGCGCAGGCAACGGGUCGUGGGGGCAAGGCAUGUGGGACGUGAAGGCCCUGCCACGACCUGGGGCAAUGGACUACCACAACACGACUGUUGGCGCCAGCUUUAGCUACGACAUCGAAGCGCAAGAGUUUGUAUCGUAUGAUAGCCCCUAA